ACAAAUAUUCCUGAUGUAGACGUUGCAUUGCCAUGGAUCAGUGGGUGACGGCGGCUAGCGCCCUGCUGGCGUUCCUCCUGUACUACAACACAUUAGAUGCCGGAUUUGUCUAUGAUGACAGACGGGCGAUCCUCUCCAAUCCGGACGUCAUCGGACACACACCGCUAAAGGCACUAUUUGAAAACGAUUUCUGGGGAACACCGCUCACAGACCCAGGUUCACACGGUUCAUAUAGGCCGCUGUGCGUCGCUACAUAUCGGCUCAAUUACGCUUUUAGUGGAUUCAAGCCAUGGAGUUUUCAUUUUCUAAACGUAGUUUUUCACUGCAUAGCGUCAGCGCUCGUUGUUGUUUUGGCCCGCCGACUGAUGCCGAGUUCCUGUAUACGAGUGGGUGCGGCAGUCGCUGGGCUCACCUUCGCAGCCCACCCAAUACACACAGAAGCAGUGGCGGGAGUAGUAGGCCGAGCGGAUUUGGCGGCUUGCAAUUUGUUUCUCAUAAGCUUCUUACUGUACAGCGAGCACAUCCGAUUACGUGAACGCCAUAAACGAUUAUGCAGACAUAUCUUAAAAAAUAAUUUAAUGCGAAGAUCGAGCUCAAGCAAUGAUCAGCCGUUUCGACUAAGUUGCCAUAGCUUGGUCCAGCAUGUCAUGAUGAACUUUCGUCGAUUAUUGAAAUGUGGUAAAGCGGGCCCUAUGAAAGUGCUAAAUGCCUGGGAAGCGAAAUCCGAGGCAGUGAGACUGAAGUGUCAGUACAGUGGCAGUGUCAGUGAGGACUCCGGUGAACUGUGGCAGUGGAUGACCCUAGCAGGAACUCUUUUGUUUGCCGCGGCUGCUACAUUAUGCAAAGAGCCCGCCAUCAUGGUCUUGCCUCUUUGUGUAUUUUACGACUUUCUGAAAGGAAAUCGCCCAGAAGAUCUCUACGCAAAGCAACGAUGGCGGAGCGUGUGCGCACUGGGGAUGGGGGGAGUGGCCUUACUGUACUGGCGGCUGCGGCUGACAGGGGCGCCUACGGCUUUCGCCGCCGCCGAUAAUCCAGCCUCUCGCGAUCCUUCGUUCCUCACCAGGACAUACACAUUCGCCUAUCUUCCAGUGUUCAACUUCUUCCUCCUUUUAUACCCAUUUCACCUCAGUUUUGAUUGGUCUAUGGACGCCAUACCACGAAUAACAACUCUUUUUGAUCAACGAAAUAUUUCUACCAUAAUUUUCUACGCAAUUAUCUCUAAAGUAACCUGGCGGGCGAUAGUCACCGAAUUCACGAAACGCCAAGAAAAUUCUUAUAAAGAAGCAAAGUACUAUAAGAAACAAAAUUGUAAAAAUAAGCACAAAUGGAAUUACAACUGCAAACAGUACAAUAGACAGGAAUCUAUAGACAGAAAGAAUUACCAUGCACCUCACAAAGAAAACUCGGUUAAGCGGCAAUUGUGCCCUUGCAACGGCUGUAAGCAUGCGUUGACGGAAGAACACACCAGUGCAUGCCGGGCCAUCAAUAACAACAACACAAUGAUGCAUCACUCCACCUGCGUGUGCCCGAUGGAACACAAUAGGACGAAGGUGCAGCCGGUGCAUAGACAGGUUUAUCGCAGCCCUCAAGUGGCCAUGCUCAUGUCUAUAGCAUUAAUGGCACUGCCGUUUAUUCCGGCCAGCAAUCUCCUAUUCUAUGUCGGAUUUGUGGUUGCGGAACGAGUAUUGUAUAUACCAAGUGUUGGAUUCUGUUUAUUACUUGGCCUAGGAGCUGGUGCUUUGACCCGGAGUUGGCACAAAAGUGAAGCUAAGAGCAGAAUAUUCAUGCUUACUCUGCUAUUGGUGUUGUCGGCUAUGUGUGGAGCUACUUUAAGAAGAAACCUCGACUGGCAUGACGAAGAGAGCCUUUUCAAAAGUGCCCUGCGUAUAAAUUCGCCAAAAGCAUACGGCAACCUCGGCAGCGUGCUGAGUGCGCAGGGUCGGGUUGCGGAAGCGGAAAUCGCGUUCGAGAGGGCGCUCAAGCACAGACCUAAUAUGGCCGACGUUCAUUACAAUUUAGGAAUCAUACUGCAAAAUCAAAGGAGAUACGGAGAAGCAAUAAAGAGUUUUGAAAAGGCGAUUAACUUCCGACCUUCCAUGGCGUUGGCCUACGUAAAUCUCGGCGCAUCGCUGAUGGCGGAUGGGCGCCUCGCCGAAGCAGCGAGCGCGCUCCGCGCCGGCGCGCGCGCUGACGGCGUCCGAGUGCGCGAUAGGCGCGAGCACGACGCCGCCCGCGUCUCGGCGCUCGUGCAGCUUGCGGCGCUUCAUUCGCAACGGGGGCACUGGCACAAAGCGCUGUCAGCGUACAAGGAGGCUCUACAGAUACUUCCGACUAGUAACGUUCCCGUUGUAGGGUGGACGAGACAUAACCUGUUGUCCAUGGUCGGCGAAGUGCACAUGCAGCUCCAGCAGUGGGCGCAGGCAGAGCGCAGUUUGCUGUCAGCGCACGUCGCGUCGCCGCACCACGUGGGCACACACGUCGCCAUGGCGAGAAUACUUGCUAGAAAUGCUACCCGGAGUGUGGAAGCGGAAAUGUGGUUUAACAAGGCUCUACUUCUGGCACCAAAUGAUCCGUCAAUAAGAGACCAAUUUGGGAUGUUUCUAAGAUCACAAAGGCGAGUGAGAGAAGCCGCUGAGCAGCACGUUCUGGCAGCGCGCCUGGCUCCGACGGACGGCGUGCGCGCGGCAACGGCGGCGCGCGCGCUGCGGGACGCGCGCCGAUGUCGCUCCGCCGAGCGGUGGUAUGCGAAAGCUGUGCAGUUAAAACCUGAGGAUGCAGAGUUCCAUUCAAAUUUUGGGGCAAUAUUACACUUAAAUGGCAAGUAUGCGGCCGCCGCAACAUCGUACCGUCGAGCCCUGCAGCUACAGCCUAAUGACGAAAUCACCAUCACCAACCUCAAGCGAGUCAAAGCACUUAUGAGUAAUCAGCGCAGAAAAUAAGGACAUGAUUAGUGUGGAUAAAGAAACACAUCAGGUAGUUUAGUGUAUGUCAAUUGCCAAAAUAUACAUCGAUAGAGUUACAGAUUUAUAAUUUUUCCUGAUAUUAUUCGAUUAUUUACGGGUUUAGAAAUAAUUACUUACCUAUUUUAAGUUACGGCAAUGUGUUAGAUACACAUUUCCAUUGUAUGUAAAUUAAACAAUAGUUUCCACGUAACAAGUAGUUAGGGAUACGAAUAAUAAUACAAAUAUUUGUUACAUUUAUGAUAGGUCAGUAUGGAAUUUAUUGCGAUUUGAUUAAUUAUAGGUGGUGAUAUCCGAUUGUAUCAAUACAUUAUUUUGUAUUUAGUUUACCGCAAAGCUCAAAGGAACAAGUAGCCCGAGCGUUUAGUGGUAUGGGCUUUUGGUGAAUGAAUUAAUCGCGCACCUAUAUUUAUGUAUAUUAAAAUAUUGCAGAAUAUGCGGAUAUUGGGCGGUGAACAGAUUUUAUUUACAUUUUAAAAUACUUGUGCGGCCUACAAAAAUGCGUAGGUAAUGGAAUUGAUUUUAUCAAUUUCAAUACAUGGUUGUUAUUUGGUUAUAAAUAAUGGUUACUACACACACAAUAUCUCAGCCAGCGCAGAAUAUACAGUGAAUUUUCAAAAUACUUGUUAUACAUAAUAUAUACAUAGAAUCUACAAAAGUGGCAUGAGAUGUUGACUGCGCAAGUGUUAUUUUAAACGUCCUAUUAAAUUAUGACGAUUAGCAGUUAGACAGCAGCUUGGGCUAUCAAAAUCGCUGCCAACUUAGCUUGGUCUAACUCUACUUAUUCCUAUAUUUUGGAUGAACUUAUCUCGAAUCCAGAAUUAUUUUUUUUUAUCAUCUCUUGCGAGUGUGGCUUUCAUAAAGAAUCACUUAAUAAUCCAUUGCUUACUACGAAAUCACGGCAGCAUGUCUAAUAAACUAUAAAUAUACAGUAUGGUUUGAUUAUUUAAGUCCAAAGAUUACUCAGUUCUAAAAUUAUAAUCUAUCAUUCAUUAACCAAAAAUGGUGUCACUACUCGUACCUACUUAUCAUUUACGCGAUAAAGUUUUGUUCACUGUCCAGCGGUCUUAAGAUGGUCACGCAUUUGUCGUCCAAAGUGUAGUCAUCCGAACUGGGGGCGUUUUUACUCGUCAAAAUGAUAUAGUGGCGUGCCAACCAAUGGUCCAAAUGUGAUCAUAUUUAUUUUAGCCACGUCUCUGUAAUAUGUCACGUCAAUUAUCCCCCGGUUUCAAUUUCCACAAAGCUGACUACCUAAAUUUCGACAUUUUAAAUUGAUUUACAACUGUAAUUGAUAACUAUUGCAUUAUAAUUGAUUAGCUAAAAAAAGUUUCUUUUUCCAUUUAUUAUUGCAUUAAUUUUAUGAAGCCCCAUUAUUGUGAUUUCAUACAAAUCUAUGUAUAUUAUUAAAGGUCUACGUUACAAAGUUAAAUAAGUAGAUAGUCACAAAAUGUAUAUAGAAUUUUAAUAUCAUAACAAUUUUAUACAAGUGCAUAUAAGUAUAUCAAUGUUGAUACUUCCUAUAUACCUACCUGAUUUUAAUACUAAAUCAUUGCUGUUGCAUUUUAAAAAAUUACUUUUUUAUGAUUACUGUUUAGCGUCUUCCAUCUAAUUUUGAAAGUUGACUAUUGCUUCUAAUUCUUGGAAGUUGUAAAUAAACAAAAAAAUGUAAAAAUACCUGUAAAGUUCGACUUAUAGCUGACUCCAAAUAAGAGGAUAUUUCAUUUUUUAUAUACCUAAGCUUAUUUUGAAUCUACAUAAAUAUAUAAGAUUGCUAAAUUGUUUUAUUAGUAAUUGUUAUACUGAGUGCCUAUGAGCUUAAGGGUUUUUAAUGGAAGAUGCUUCCUUACUGACUUCACAUGAAACUUUUAUAAUAUGCCAACGCUAUCGACACGGCCAUGUGCUAUGAGUAUUAUGUUAUCUGCUCAGAUUUAGUUUUAGGAAUGGUAACAAUUCCACUCUAAGUUACAAAAAUAAAAUACCUUGGUAGGUGUACUGAAACCAUUACACAAAACCAUCUCGACGGAUACGGUUGUAUGGCACAUAUAUAGUUUAUGGCGUCUAUAACGGGUUAACAUGCAGAUUAAGGCUCAGGGGGACGAUGAGUAACUGCAUUCCCAUACAGUGUAAAAAGACGUCCAAGUGCUCGUCACUAUCCCAUUACAUGACAUCUUUACACAUAAUUAUGUUAAUGUCAUGUAUUGGGCAAUAACGUGGGGAGCACUAUGUAGCUAUAGUCGGCGCAAUUUGAUAUUGGACAGGUAUUAAUUUACCCUUACAAAUUGCAAGCUAAGACCCAUUGUUUAACUGAAAGUCUUAGCUUCAUAUAAAUACGCAUUUUAAGCUCUUAGCUCAUAGGCUAUAGGUAAGUUCAUUUAUUUCCUUUUGCUAUGCUGAGUAUCGAAAUUAAAAACAUGCAAAUAAUUGCGUCAAUUAUUAUAACGAAUGCUCCAUCACUAAUUAUUAUGUUACUCACACACGCGAUAACAUAUUGGCUGCUUGUUAUAUUUUAAUGGUGUUGUUAGGAAUAUUCCUUUAUUAGCAGACAUAAUUAUUAGUAAGACAGUCAUAUAUGUCAGUAAAAAUCUGCAUGGUUUUUAAGUCAAUACAUAUCUAAAUUCUGGUUUUGUAUAUAUACAUAUUUUCUGUUUAUCUACACACAUAUCAUAAACUGUCUAUGAUGCCUUCAAAAUUCGUAAAUAAUGGCCCACAUUACGAUAAACUGUUUUGUUACAGCAAAUUUCUUAUCUGUGAAAAUGUGGUAAUAGCUCAUUACUAUAUCAAAAUCGAUUUGGUAAUGCAUUUCAAAUUUCGAACAUCUCUGAAAAAAAAAGCAAUUUGAUUUGACCCCUAUUCUAAUAUCCGUUGAGAUGACGUUUUAUUCGAAAUCAAAUGACAAUUGCAUACAAUAUUGACAAAUCUCGCACGUAAGUUGGUAUCGGACGAUAUGGUAAUCGACCCCGACUCUAGUUUGUCUCUGAAUAAAAAAAAAACUACGGAUGCGUGACGUGCGUGAAAAAAGUUUUCAUUUGCCGCCAUUUAACGUACAGUUUAUCUUUUAAUUAGUUUAUAAGUAAAAAAUAAUUUGUUUUGUUGUUUUUAAAGGAACUAUAACAAAAGUUUCGUGUAAAAUGUGCGAUAAAGAUAUUUCGGAGACGCCAUGUCAUAUCCGCGAGUUCCGCCAGAGAGCAAAAUCGGCUGUAAUAUCAAGUUAGUGAAUAUAUCAUAGAAAGUUUAUAAUAUGUGUGUAGAUAAAGCAGUGUAUGUAACUGUACAUAAUUAGGCAUUAAAACACUCGUGUGAUACUAUUAUGAAACUCAUUUCAUUCGUUUCAUAAACCCACACUCGUAUUUUAAUGCCUUUCAUUAUGUAGCAGUCACAUAAACUACUAUUUUGUUACAAUGUAUAGUAAGAAAUGUAUUAUAUUACGAUCAUUGUAAAUAACAUAAUUUUAACUGAUGAAAUCGCUUGUUCGCAUUGGUUAAUUAGAUAUUCUAUGUUACAAUAAUUGUUUAUUUUAUUAUGUUUGUACACUUGUGACAAUAAAUGUAUGUUAUUACGCUUUAUAAGUAAACUUAGAUGACACGCUACAAUAUAAUUUAUAUUUCAGAAACACAACGCCAUACCAAUAUCGACUUUUCUAAUAUUUUAAGCUUUUAUGUACGUGUUUCAGUAAGUACAAUGUGAAAAAACAUCGAUAAGAAAUUAGAAAAUCAAUUUCCAAGACCCUUUUUUUUUCUUGAUAUUUUUUUUAACUAUCAUUAUAAUUAAUGUAGACGUAGUAAUUAUUAAGUUACAGCUGUACCAAGUUACAUAAAUAAAUGUAAAACUUAAUUAAACUCGGUUCUAUAAAACCAUGCCCUUUGGCUUAACUUAGGAAACUGGCGUCACGACCAAAGGCAAAUGGUAUCAAGCAGAUGGUGGAGAACUCGUAAAAGAUAACGUGGCGUAGGAUCGUUAAAUAUAAUUUUAUUUUAUUUCUUCGCAGAUGAUCCGAGUAAUUUCUCAACUCUUGAAUAAAAGCAAAUUAUGCAGCAAUAUUAUUGUACCUGUUCUAGUUGACAUUUAAUUUAAUUUAUUUAAUCAGGAUUUGCAAUAAAACUUCAGUUAUUAAACCUUUGCACGCGGCUUGCCUUGUGCGAUAAUCCUAUAAAUCCUAUUUACAUAUUCGUCCCUAAAAUGCUCAUUCCAGUAAAAUACUUAAAACAAAAUUCCUAGUCCGUUUAAGUAUACGCCAAAUUUUUAUUUUAAAAGUGUCAUGAAAGAUGAAGCAUAAUUACACAUAAAGCCACAAAUCAAAAGCUUAGAACGUUCGGGCAAGCUAAAAAGGUUUACCAAGAAAAAAAAACGAUUAGUAGAUAUAUAUUUGAAGAAAAUUUAUACCAUUUCCAAUCAGAAACGCUAUACCUACCUACAUCUGUACAGGUUGGUUUGGAGACGUGAUCAUUCCUUAAUUAAUAUGAGAUGAUGUAACAAAUUAUUAUGUACAGUGGGUUGUACGCAAGAAGUAGGUAAUAUAAAUAUGGUAACUGCGUGAAGAGCGAUUCAAACAGAUUAAGGGGCAAAUAAAUAAAGAAAAGGGAAUUUUAGUUUUCACAAUUCAGUUGUAUAAAACUUUAGUUUCUUUAUCUCGUGAAUUUAUGUUUACAUUUUUAUAGGUGUUGGAUAAAUAAUAUGAUACCUUUUAUGGUGGUAUAUAUACUUUUUUAUGGUGGUCUCUAGAUAGGUAUCGUUUAAAGGUUUAAUGACAGUAAACUAAACAAUAAGAGUUAAGGAGAAAAAAAACGUAUGAGUCAUUUCAAAAAUAACUAUUAGCAUACCUAAGUUAAUAUAUGCAUAUAACUUUAAAGGCAAUGUUUUUCUAACGAAGUAUUUUUGCUUUUUACUGUGUACCUAUUUUUACUUCGAAUUUUAUAGCAUCAUAUUUUCAUAUCAUUAUAAGAUGUAUUGCUGUAUGUCGAAUUUAUUGUAUUAAACAUACAUUUAUUCGUGAAUUAAUAACUAUCUUAUCUGGCAUAACAGUAACUCGUCGUACCUAAUGGUAGGUAUAAAUAAGAUGGAAAAAUGGAGGAAUUGUAAUGUAAUCAAUAUUGUUUUUAUUAACUAGUAUUUAUGGCGUUAUGCAAGUAAAACUGCAAAUUCCCAAAGUGAUAACAUGUUGAUAAUUUUGUAAAUAAAAGCUUCAAUAUUUUA